GAUGCAGAAUGGUUUCUCAAGAAGAGAGGUGCUGUGAGGAUGUUGUACCCGGGUGUCUUUUCAGCCCAGUGGCUCUUCUGUGUCACACUGCUGGCCUGGCUGAUGUUCUGGCUCACAAAGAAGGCUCAAGGUACUAAUGACCUCUCAGCAUCUGAAUGUAAAAGCAAGACGACCUCGAGCUCUGAUCCACCAGGGGAUGCUGCCAGCUCCAGGACCAUGGCACAACCGGCUUCCCCCGACCAAACCAAGAUGGGAGAGGGUCGGGCGAUCGCCGUGCUGACUUCAGGAGGCGAUGCCCAGGGAAUGAAUGCAGCUGUGAGGGCCACAGUUCGAGUGGGAAUUUACACUGGAGCUAAAGUGUAUUUUGUCCAUGAGGGUUACCAAGGUCUGGUGGAUGGAGGAGACAAUAUCUGCCCUGCUACUUGGGAGAGUGUGUCAAUGAUGCUACAACUGGGUGGGACUGUGAUCGGAAGUGCCCGCUGUCAGGAUUUCCGCACCAAGGAGGGACGCACCAAGGCCGCCUGUAACUUGGUCAAGCUGGGCAUCACCAACCUUUGUGUGAUUGGUGGUGAUGGCAGUCUGACGGGUGCCAACCAGUUCAGAACCGAGUGGAGUGAGCUGCUGGCAGACCUGAUCAAAACUGGCAAGAUCACGUCAGCUGAGGCAAAGGGUUCCUCCCAUCUCAAUAUCGUUGGCAUGGUGGGCUCCAUUGACAAUGACUUCUGUGGCACCGACAUGACCAUUGGCACAGACUCUGCGCUGCAUCGCAUUAUAGAGAUAGUGGAUGCUAUCACCACCACAGCACAAAGUCACCAGAGGACCUUCAUCCUGGAGGUAAUGGGCAGGCACUGUGGUUACCUGGCUUUGGUGACAGCUCUGUCCUGUGGCGCUGACUGGGUGUUCAUCCCAGAGAUGCCCCCAGAUGAGGGAUGGGAGGAGCAUCUGUGCAGAAGACUGGCAGAGCAAAGAGGCCGCGGCUCCCGUUUGAAUAUUAUCAUUGUUGCAGAGGGAGCAAUAGACCGCAACAGUAAAGCCAUCACAUGUGACGGCAUCAAAGAGCUGGUAUCAAAGAGGCUCGGCAUUGACACCCGCACCACCAUCUUGGGCCAUGUGCAGAGAGGAGGAACCCCUUCUGCCUUUGACAGAAUCCUGGCCAGCAGGAUGGGCGUGGAGGCUGUAAUGGCUCUGCUGGAGGCCACCCCGGACACUCCCGCAUGUGUGGUCAGCUUGUCUGGAAACAUGGCUGUCAGGCUGCCUCUCAUGGAGUGUGUGCAAAUUACUAAAGAUGUGACCACAGCUAUGGCUGAAGGGAGGUUUGAAGACGCGGUGAAGCUCAGGGGAAAGAGCUUUGAGAACAACUGGAACACUUACAAAAUGCUGGCUCAUGUGCACAUCCCAGAAGCAAAGAGUAAUAUCAACAUUGCCAUAUUGAACGUGGGAGCUCCGUGUGCUGGAAUGAAUGCUGCAGUUCGUUCAACUGUCAGGAUUGGGCUCCUCCAGGGCCACCAGAUGCUGGCAGUGCACGACGGCUUCGACGGCUUGGCUCAUGGAAUGAUUGAGCCUAUUGGCUGGUCUGGAGUGGCAGGAUGGACUGGAAAAGGAGGCUCCCUGCUGGGCACAAAGAGGUCCCUGCCACAUGAGUUUAUGGAGGAGAUCAGUCUGAGCAUCGCUAAGUUCAACAUCCAUGCUAUAGUCAUUAUUGGAGGCUUUGAGGCAUUUGUUGGGGGUCUGGAGUUGGUGCAGGCUAGAGAGAAGUAUGAGGAACUUUGUAUUCCCCUUGUCGUUGUUCCCGCUACUGUGUCCAACAAUGUUCCUGGAUCUGACUUCAGUGUUGGCACUGACACCGCACUUAACACUAUAACCAUGACAUGCGACAGGAUCAAACAAUCAGCUGCCGGCACCAAGAGAAGAGUGUUUAUUGUUGAGACCAUGGGAGGAUACUGCGGCUACCUGGCAACCAUGGCUGGCUUGGCAUCUGGAGCGGAUGCUGCUUAUAUUUACGAGGAGCAUUUCAACAUUCAUGACCUAGAGGUGAAUGUGGAACAUCUGGUGGAGAAGAUGAAGACCACAGUGAAGAGAGGACUGAUUCUGAGAAAUGAGAAAUGCAAUGCCAACUACACCACAGACUUUAUCUUCAACCUGUACACAGAGGAGGGCAAGGGUGUGUUUGACUGCAGGAAGAAUGUACUUGGACACAUGCAGCAGGGUGGAACACCCAGUCCUUUUGACAGGAAUUUUGCAACCAAGAUGGGGAUCAAGUCUGUGUUGUGGUUGACUGACAAGCUGAAGGAAGGCUACAGACACGGUCGUAUCUUUGCCAACUCUCCAGAUUCCGCCUGUGUGCUGGGCAUGAAGAAGAGAUCGUUGGUCUUCCAGCCUCUGGCAGAACUUAAAGAUCACACUGACUUUGAACAUCGUCUUCCAAAGAUACAGUGGUGGCUAAAGCUGAGGCCCAUCCUGAAAAUCCUGGCCAAGUACAAGAUCGAUCUGGACACCACUGAAAAGGCUGCGAUGGAACACGUCAUCAAGAAGAGAGGUGGAGCUCAUUAGUAGCCUUUUGCUCUCUGACCGUUUGUUGUUAAAAGCACAUUUCAAACUCUGUCGCUGAAAAGUGUAAUCAAAAUAAAGAUGCUAAUUAUAUCACCAAAACACAU